AUGGAGGGUUAUGAAUGUUGGUAUCACCAUGGGGAGAUUCAACACACACCAAGUGGUUAUUAUGGGGAAAGUAGUCAACGAAAAAACCACAAUGAAUAUGAACAGUUGAUUAUGGAUGCAGCAGGACCGUCGAUUGGGCAACAUUUUGAUCCCGGUACUCAUACUGAAGCUAAUAACAUGCCUGAGGAUCCUAAUCCGGAAGCUGAAAGGUUCUACAAAAUGCUUCAAGAUGCGCGACGUCCAUUAUGGGAUGGUUGCGAACACCAUGAAGCUAGUGAACACACAUCAUUAUCUGCUACCCUAGCAACACUUUCCUUGAAGAGUGAUCAUCGAAUGUCUGAGGCUGCUUACAACGAAUGGAUGCAGUUCAUGGGUCGAGUUGUUCCCAAGAACAAUAAUUUGUCGAAGGAUUUUUACCAAGCAAAAAAAAAGGUGAAAGCGCUCGGGCUAGGAUGUCAAAAGAUUCAUUGCUGCCCAAACGGUUGUAUGCUGUAUUACAAGGAAAAUGCUGAUCGCACUAACUGUGAGUUUUGUAAACAUGACAGAUACAAUAUUGUGAGGAAUGGCAAGAACACAAGCCGCAAAGUGUUUAGCAAGAUGUGGUACUUUCCUCUCGUGCCUAGGCUUCAAAGAUUGUAUUCUUCGGAACAAACAGCUGGUCACAUGAGAUGGCACCGGGAGCAUCAUAGGGAUGACAAAUUUGUGACGCAUCCAUCCGAUGCCGAAGCUUGGAUGCAUUUUGACGAGGAAAAUCCUUUGUUUGCAACGGAUCCUCGUAAUGUCCGUCUUGGUUUAUGUUCGGAUGGGUUCGCUCCUUUCAAACAAACGGGUAGAAAUUAUUCUUGUUGGCCUGUGAUUGUGACUCCGUAUAAUUUCCCACCUUCCAUGUGCAUGCGAAGAGAGUUUUUAUUCCUUACAGUAUUAAUCCCUGGACCCUCCAAUCCAAAAAAGAAUAUAGAUGUAUACCUUAGGCCUCUGAUAGACGAGUUGAAGAUGUUGUGGAGUGAAGGGGUUCUGACGUAUGAUGUAUCAUUGAGGCAGAAUUUCACGAUGCGGGCCGCCUUAAUGUGGACAAUAAAUGAUUUUCCUGCAUAUGGGAUGUUAAGUGGAUGGCAGACAUCGGGGAAACUUGCAUGUCCGGUUUGCUUAGAACGUAAUGUCGGUUUUACCUUGCAAAAUAGUCGCAAGGUUUGUUGGUUUGACACUCAUCGGAGAUUUCUGCCACACAACCAUCCGUAUAGGAAAAAUAAAAAUGCCUUCAAGAAAGGGAGAGUUGAAAGGUCAGGUGCAAUCCAUCCUUUAAGUGGCAAUGACAUAUGGGAGAGGGUGAAGCAUAUUCCAAGUGUUGAAGAGGCACCCGCUUUGAAUGAAGUAGAGGGGUAUGGCGUAGAUCACCAUUGGAACAAACGCAGCAUCUUUUGGGAUCUACCGUAUUGGAAAGAUCAAUUGUUAAGACAUAACCUUGAUGUAAUGCAUAUUGAGAGGAACGUGUUUUGCAAUAUUCUAUACACUGUGAUGGACACCAAAGGAUCAACGAAGGACACUCUAAAUGCAAGACUAGAUAUAGCUAACAUUUGCGUAAGGCCGGAUUUGCAUUUGGUUGAGGACACCAGGGGACGGACUUUCAAACCUAGAGCACCAUAUACACUGAACAAGGACAAGAAAUUAGAAUUGUUGCGUUGGGUUAAAGAUCUAAAACUCCCAGAUGGUUAUGCGUCAAAGUUGUCGAGGUGUGUUGACAUGAAUGAGGCAAAGUUAUUCGGGAUGAAAAGUCAUGAUUGUCAUGUUUUCUUUCAGAGAUUGUUGCCGUGGGCCUUCAAAGCAUUGCCUAAACAUGUAUGGAGUAUACUUACUGAAUUUUCAAUGUUCUUUAGAGAGAUUUGUGCUUCUCAGCUUAAUGCUGAAAGGUUACGGCAUCUGGAGGCAAGCGUGCCAAUAAUGCUAUGCAAGCUGGAGAUGAUAUUUCCUCCGACCUUUUUUGACUCAAUGGAACAUUUGCCUGUUCACUUGGCUUACGAGGCAAGGGUUGGAGGUCCGCAACAAUAUAGAUGGAUGUAUCCGUUCGAGAGAUUUUUAAAAACACUGAAGGAUAAGAUCAGCAAUCAAAAUUACGUUGAAGGCUCAAUUGCUGAAAAGUAUCUCAUCGAAGAGGCAAGUAAAUUUGCAUCGUACUAUUAUCCCACUGAAUACAUAUCAAGAUGGAGAGGAGCCCCUCGAAACGAUGAUGGCGGUGAUACGAGUGGUCAAAUAUCAAUAUUUAAUUAUCCAGGACGUGUCGUAGGAACGACAAGUAAGUCAAAUCUUGAAGGAAGAGAUAAGCAAGUAGCGGAGUGGUACAUUCUAAACAACUGUUCAGAGGCUGCUCCCUACAUUGAUCUCUUCUCCAAAUGGUUCCGCUCCAAUAAUUCCAGCUGGCCAAAAUCUGAACUUGAUCAGCUCAUUUCCUCUCGGUUUCCUGUAUGGUUUCGAGAGCACUUCGUUGCGAACACAUCAGCUGCACAUGAUGUUGCAUGGAGUUUAGCUGACGGAGCUGCAACAAUUGUCAAACGGUUAAGAAAAUAUAUCAUCAAUGGGUACAGGUUUGCAACUAUAGAAGCGAAUGUAAAUACAUCUUGUUGUAACUAUGGUGUAUCUGUUCGAGGUGGCCUGGUCGACGGUACUGAGGAUGACUACUAUGGGAAGCUACUUGACAUAAUUCAAUUGGAUUACAGGGGGGGAAAUAAGGUGACUUUGUUUAAGUGUGACUGGUUUGAUAACACUCCACGUGGGACAAAAGUUGAUAAAUAUGGCAACGUUGAAGUUCAUCAGUCAAGGAGAUAUACAGUGGGAUAUGACCCAUUCAUACUUGCUCAGCAGGCCGAACAAGUUUAUUAUACAUCAUACCCUACAGCCUCACAAGGGUGGAUGGCAGUUAUCAAAACCAAAGCUCGAAAUAUUAUCCCGGAGUCCAAAGAGUCCCAAACAAAUGAAUUAUCUGAACCAUUUCAAGCUAAUGUGGGAGAUUUACUUCCUGUAAAUAUUGUAGAAGAUGAUGUGCCAAUCAAUCUCUUUGAUUCUGCUGCAGAGGUAGACAUGAUUCCUAUCCAUGAGGGGAAUGAGGAAUCAGAUGAUGACGAACAAGAGACUUAUUCAGAUAGUGAACCUGAAUUGGACGAAUAUGAGACUCCAGAGGAAGGCGCACAAGAAGAAGUAGAAGAACAGGAUUCAUCCGAAUGA